UACGAACAGAAUCGUACAACAUGAGGUGGCAAAUCGUGUUGCUUCUGGUGUCAGUGGCACUUGCCUCCGGUGAGAAAAAACCCGAAAAAAGGCCCACCAAGAAAGCGCACUCGCUGAAACCGACCAAAUCGCCCAAAUCGAUCAUCGAAGAGUUUACCGCUCUGCCUCCAGCCGAUGUAGACUUCAUCAAGGAGCUGGACCGUCAGUUCCGCGAGCAUGGCAACAAGAUCCGUAUCAAGGUGGAACGCAGUAAUGGCACGGAUGGCAAGAACAUGAAGCGUACGAUUGACGGUGAUCUGGGAUAUGGUCACUACAGCAAUCAGCCCGAUACGGGGUAUCAUUUUUCCAAGCCGAAAUACAUGAUCUACCCAUACUCGCAGCAUGACAUACCGUCGGUCCGUUCGCCGCACAGUACCCACGAAACGGUGACGGAUAUUGAAAUAACGCCAUCGCACAGCUACGAGCUAAAGCCGAUCGAGGAGGUGUAUACGGUCUAUCCGACACAGCAGUACUCGCAGGAACAGCAGCAGUACUAUCACCAGCACCAUCAGUCAGCACAACAAUCGAAGCAGCUGUACCAGCAGGAAGACGAUACGCCUGUCAUUGUGCUCAAAAUUCCUGGCCCUUCGAAGUAUGCCGCACACUUGCAGGCCCUUCUGCAACAGUAUCUCGAGAUACGGGCAGCUCAGCUGUACAAGGAGCUGGAGGAACAGGAAUACCAUCAACAACAGCAAUACCAACAUCAGCAACAUCACCAACAGCAUCAACAACAUUAUGUGCAGGAGCAGGAAGUGCAUGCCCAUCAUCAUCAGCAGCAACAGCAGCAGCAUCAACAACAGCAAGAGCUACAGCACCAGCAGCACCAUGAACAUCAUACGAAGACAAAGUACAGCCAACCGGAUCCAGUUUAUCCGACAGAGAUCGCAUACGUUCCAAUGAUUCGCACCCAUCAGAACACGUACGUGCCGUUGCCGGAGCAAUACUACGAUGCACCAAAGACACCUUCUCCCCGUCCAACGAAGCAUCGCAAAACGACCGUCACACCAACGCACGUAACGUUCCACAGUACGGCGCAACCUGAGCCAGCCUAUCACUACCAGACCUACCAUCCGGAGCAGCAUCAGCAGCAACAGCUCGCUCAAGUUCACGAGCAUCACGAACAAGCUCACGCACCAGAACAUCAGCAGAUCCAGUACCAGUACGUUGCACAGCAACCCAGUGGACAUGGGGACGAACACGAAACGCAGUACGUGUACGAGAAGCCAAUGGUCAACUUUGUCACUCCACUUCCCGAAUCGGCUCACCAUGGCCACCAAGAUGCUUACCAGCAACAGCAGCAGCACUCUCACCAUCAUCAACCUCCCCAAAAAUAUCCAAACUUUGCCGAGUACCACCAUCACCAUCGGCCACAGCAGCAACAGGAAGAGGAUUAUCUGCCCGAACCGAAGCUGGUCGAAAACUACCCAAGUCAUAAACAUACGCGCGUCAUCUACAAAAGUCCCUCACUGAAGACGGAACUCCAGCAGGAAGCUCUCCAACAGCACGAACACUAUCACCAUCAGCAGCAGGAAGUCGCUGCUCAUCAUCAACAACAGCAUCACCAGCAGCAGUACAUCCUGCAGGAGGUGUACCCAUCGCAAGCUUCCUACUUCGAGGACAAAUCGUUCGUAGAAUCUGCAGGCCCCCAAGAAACGACCGAUCGGAGUGAAACCGCCUCACCGCACUACAACACCGAGCAGGUGGUAGCGAUCACACAGAAACCGAAGCGACUGUACAACUAUCACGCACACACCUCCACCGGCCAUCAUGGGUCGGGAUCGCGUGGAUCACGCAUGGCGGCCGGUAGCAGUCGAUCGCGCGCCAGUGGAACGGGUAGCGCGAAAGCGUCCAGCAAACGUGAUGCGGCAGCUUCGCCCGCACCCUACACCGAGGAAGAGUUCCGCAAAGUGAACAAGAUGGUGCAACGCAUGAAGAAGAAGAGUCGCACUACGCCGGCGGAUGAUGCCGGGAUGAUGACCGUCACCGCAAAUCCCACUAGUCCGAGCCCGAGGAUGGUCGCUUAGGGUGUGUGC